AUGUACCCCAAAAUGCGUGCGUGGGUGCGCACAAAGCGCGGAAUGCCCCCAACAUCGCUGAAGUUAAGGACCGAUGUCCCCACACCAGCCAAUCCUACGGGAUCGAUUUCGUCUGAUGUCAUCAUUCGUGUGUCGCACGUCGCCCUUCAGUUUAACAGCAAGCUUUUUCUGAACUUGCUUCCCUCUGUUCCAUUUUGGGGCAGCCGCACUUGGAUCCCGGAGCUCGAGUUUUCUGGCGAGGUGGUCGCUGCUGGCAGUGGUGCGCCGCCGGAAGUUCGCGACGUCGGUACCCGCGUCGUCGCUUUCCAAACAAUUUCUGGCCUUGCACUCGGCUAUGGUGUGUUGGCUGAAUAUGUGCGAAUUCCCGGAACACAAGUUGUGCCUCUGCCAGAGUCCGUGGACUUUGUCCAGGCCUCCGGUGUUACAGGGGCUGGGUGCACUGCCCUCAAGCUCUUGCGCAAGAGCGGCGUCAAACGGGGCCAACGCGUACUGGUAAAUGGUGCCAGUGGGUCUGUGGGCUCUGUUUUGAUACAAUUGUGCAAGUCGCGUGGUAUCUACGUCGUCGGUAUUGCGAGCGGCGCAAACGAGGCCACAGUCCGCGGCUGGGGCGCUGACGAGUUUGUCGACUACCGGGCACACGUUGGGUCGUUGCCGGAGUUCCUUACCGAAACAUACCGUGACACGCCCUUCGACUUUAUCAUGGACUGUGUAGGCAAACAAGACCUCUUUGUUGGCUCUCCUGGGUAUCUCAGGGCUGAAGGUGCGACGCUUAACAUCGGGGCCCUAGAAGGUGUCUUCCGGGUCACGGGCAACUUGCUGUCUAAUAUGCUGCGGCCCGUUUGGUUAGGCGGUGUACCGCGUCGUUACAUCUUUUUCAGUUCCCCACCUUUGCAUGGUGAUGUCGUUAUUCUUGCACAACUAAUGGGCGAGGGAAAACUGACAACACCGGUAGACUCGGUGUUCGUCAUGGAAGAACUCUUAGCAGCGUACGAUCGUGUCGCUACUAAGCGAGCCUGCGGGAAAGUAGUUAUCAAGGUCGGUGCCAAGUAG